UUGCUAGCAUCGAGAGACUAUCUAUACUACCCUAGAGAGCAAUGUUUCAUCUCUUUUCUUUGUACUGCUCGCGGUUGUUAUACUCUACAUGUUUUUUUUUGGACCUCAGCAGGUAUAUUUCUCUCAACCUCCGGCGAAACUCCACCCUCGAACAGCGGGCACUACAGCAACCCUUCUUCUACGAACGGUUGUUCCUUAACACGACCGAACUUGCCCCAUAAAUUGCCAUCAGACACCUUUCAAGAUUUCUCAAUGACCUCGGCCGAAUCUGGCGAUUUAGAUUCCGGCCACGCCGGUUUCGGAUACCAACCGCCUGUGCCUAGUCGCACGGCCUCUUUUGGUGCUCCCAACAAGGCCGUAUUAACUGAAAACAUGCAGGGCUUGCCCUCCGGUCGCCGACUGGCCGAUCAGAUGAAAAUGCAGGCUUACUCUCAUCUACAGACACUGGCACAAGCCAAGGCUAACUACAACCCCGGCGCUGCCAGCAUCAACCAAAAUGCCAAUGUUAACUUCGUCGGCGGCCUGACGAACCUGCGGCUGGAUGAAGUCGAGUGUCAAACCGCUGCCGGAGGACCAAUGGCCCGAUCACUCGGAUACCCAACGACGCAGCAGUCGUUGCAAUCACAAGUGUCCACAGGAUUGCCUGCCCGUGGCUAUGCAAAUUCAGCGGGUGAGUCAGAAGAAACCUUUAAGGCACGAUUAUUUUCUAUGGGCAUAUGCUACAUCUCCCUUCGGGGUUCCGAGUAG